AUGGCUGCAGAAGGUUUACAUUUGGUGAAAGAAAGUCAAAGACCCAACCGUACCAUCAUGCUGCUUGGAGCAACUGGAUCAGGGAAGUCCACUCUUAUCAAUGGAAUGAUCAACUACAUGGUUGGUGUAGAGUGGAGCGACAGUUUCAGAUUUCAAUUAAUCAAUGAAGAUUCAUCAAGAUCCCAAGCUCACAGUCAGACCUCAGAAGUCAACGUGUAUAAAAUCUACCACCAGGAUGGCUUUAAAAUUCCUUACUCCCUGACGGUUAUAGAUACUCCAGGCUUUGGAGACACCAGAGGCAUAGACAGAGACAGGGAGAUCACACAGCAGCUCCAAAACCUCUUCACUAGCGAGGACGGGGUCAGUGAAAUAGAUGCUGUGUGCUUUGUAGCUCAGGCUGCUUUAGCCCGUCUCACACCAACACAGAAAUAUGUCUUGGACUCCAUUCUCUCCAUCUUUGGCAAAGAUAUAGCAGAGUAUAUCAGGAUCCUGGUGACGUUUGCAGAUGGUAGGAAGCCACCGGUUCUGGAAGCGAUCAUAGAGUCAGGCGUUCCUUGUCCUAAAGAUGAAAAAGGUCAGCCGGUUCACUUCAACUUUAACAACUCUGCUCUGUUUGUGGACAAUAAAUCCUCUGCAGCAGACAAACUGAGCGAGGACAGUGAUGAAGAAAACUUUGAUUUGAUGUUUUGGAACAUGGGAACAAAAAGUAUGAAAAAGUUUUUUGAUGCUCUGAAUAAUGUUAAAACCAAAAGCUUGGUUCUCACCAAGCAGGUCCUGAGAGAAAGAGAAAUGCUGGAGGUUUCAAUUGAGAAUCUGCAGGAACACGUUAGACUUGGUUUAGCCAAACUGGAGGAAAUCAGGAAAAUGAAAGAAAAAAUUAAGGAGAAUGAAGCAGAGAUCAGUAGAAAUGAGAACUUUGUGGUUGAGGACGAAGUUCAAAGGAAAAUACAAGUCCCUAUUGGUGUUUCUGGCAUCUACGCCACCAACUGUCCAACAUGGCAGAAGAUGACUGUUGAGGGACUGAUGAGGAAACUAGAGGGUGAAUACAAUGAAAUGGAGAAUGAGGUGAACAACUUGAUGGCGAAGUCGGCCAAGUGUCUGAACAGACUGAAGGAGAUAGCGCUGAAGCCAAAUCCUCUCUCCACUCCAGAGUACAUUGAGAUGUUGAUUAAAGGAGAGAAACAGGAGGCCAAACCGGGCUGGGACUGCGUCCUGAGCCCCCUGCUGUUCACCCUGAUGGCACAUGACUGCGUCACCAGCCUGAUCCUGAACGUGGAGAAAACAAAGGUGAUUAUUGUGGACUUCAGGAAGAACCAGCCUUGCCAGGCUCGACUGCUCAUCAACAGCUCAGCUGUGGAGGUGGUCAGCAGCACUAAAUUCCUGGCGGUGCACAUCACAGACAACCUCAGCUGA